ACCUCUCUCUUUUUUUUUCAAUCCCUUUUUAAACAAUUAACGACUUUUAUUUUUUAAAAAAACUUCUUUUCUUUCUACUUUAUUCUUUUUUCUAUUGUUUUAACCUUCCGAAUUCUUACAACUUAUAAACAAAAAAAACUAAAAACAAAACAAAAAUUUCAAUCAUGAAUAACAAUACCUCUGAUAACGAAUCUUUGAAUUACCGACCUUACAGUUCGUCCAACCAACAACGCACGAACAAUAAAGUCAAAAAGGCAAAGUACUCAACUUCACUUGAUCCCAGGGGAUAUAUUCCAGUUUAUGAAUAUAUUAUCAAUAGUCAACCUAUUAUGUGGGAUAGACAAACAGGUUAUGUCCAUUUCACUGGUAUCUGGAAAGCCUUAGGAAAUUCUAAGGCUGAUAUUGUCAAGAUGGUUGACUCUAAUCCUAACUUAAAGGUCAAGAAAAUACGUGGUGGCUUUUUGAAAAUUCAAGGAACAUGGAUACCUCAUGAAUAUGCUUACACUCUUUGUAAGAGAACAGCCUGGUCUAUUCGAAGAGAACUUGUUCCUAUCUUUGGCCCUCAUUUUAGUAAUGAUGUACUUGAACCUACUCAUUCUGAAUAUGGUUGUCUUCUUUUAGACCCAAGGAAUUCCCAGUCUAACCAAAAGGGAAUGUCAAGCCGUACUGCUACUAUGCGUCAAGUUCAUCAUCCUUACAAACGUGAAAGUGUAAGAAAAUCCCCUCGUGAAAAAACUGUUUCUUCUUCUUCUUCUUCGUCGUCGUCGUCGUCAUCUUCAAAAGUAAAUGCUUCUCCUCGUCAUUCUAAAAAGGCUAGAAAGAGUAAGUCUAUUAGAACUGUUUCCAAUAAUAGUAUGUCUCUCUCGAGAUUACUUAACUCAUUAGAGUCCCAUGAUUUCGUGCAACAACAACAGAUGGAUAUAGAUAACCAAAAUGACUUAAUUUCAGAUCAUGAAAUCGAUAAUCAAGUCAAGACGCCUUUAUUAAAGUCGUUUACGGAAUCUCCUGAAACAACUCCAUCCCCUACAUUCAGAGUUGUUCCUUGUUUUCCUACUCUUGAUAUGACUCAAAGUUCUACUGAAAGAUGUUUAUUACCGCCUAUCUAUAAUAUGGACUCUGGUCUUUCUUCGUACAAUCAUACAACAUUAGAACCACGUAUCACUCCUGUCUAUCAUAGCCCUUCUUCUAAUAGCUCAUCAUGGUCUUAUCUGUCUUCUUCAUCUACUACAACUUCUUCUUUUUCUGAAACUUUUACUAGCUGUUUACCACCUGAAAUGUUUGGCUGUAGUACACAUCAAAAAGAUAUUAUCGAUACUAUCAGUGCUACUAUUCUUUUACAACGUUUAUCUCAAGAUGAUGGUGUUCGUCCUUUCAGGCCCAUACAACAAAGCUAUAUCCCAAGUAAAGUCAUGGUUGGAAGCCAAGAAUUUAAAAUUUGUUGGGACUAAAAAAAAAAAAGAGUUCCUUUUUCCACCUUUCUUUUUACCCUUCUUUCUUCUAUUCCCUCCCCCUCCCUUUCCCAUUCUAUAUCUUUAUUGUAUGUAAAUAAUUUUUUUCUUUAUCGUAAUAUUUUAAUUAAUUAUAAUGCAAUUUAUUAUAAUCUAUAACUCAUUGAUAUUAAAAGAAACACACACACACACACACAUACACGCAAAAUGAUGAUUCGAUAUCGAAAUUGUACAUCGUAUAUUAUAAAUAGUAACCUAUACGUUCAUUAGAUGAACCUCCUGCAUCUUAUCGUUUCAACAGAAAAGCAAAAAAAAAAAGAUUUUUUUGUUUGUUUAUACUUUGUACUCAUAUCACAACAAUAACAAUAACAAGGAAAAAAAAAUCAAAAAAAAAAAAAA